AUGGUGGGUCAUGGGUGGGCCCAGGUUGGUGGGCGAAGAUGGGACGUGCUCAAAGGGCGCAGAGAUGGGCUUAUCUCCAAGGCCGACAGGGUAGCAGGAAACCUCCCUCAAGCCAACCACACCAUCACUCAGCUCAUCUCACUCUUCACUUCCAAAGGCUUGACAGUAAAAGACCUGGUGGCCUUAUCCGGAGGACAUACCAUUGGCUUCUCCCACUGCAAAGAGUUCAUGGCCAGGCUCUACUCCUACAACAAGACAUUCGACACCAACCCCACCAUGGCCCAUGACAUGGCCAUCCACCCGAGGGUCCCCUGCCCUCAGGCCGGCUUCGACCCGACAAUUGUCGCAGCCAAUGAUGCAACCACUCCCACCAUCUUUGACAAUGCCUACUACCAGAAUCUCAAGAAAGGUCAAGGGCUGCUCGCGACCGAUCAGGGACUCUAUGGGGACAUGAGGACUCGAGGCUACAUCGAGAUGAUGGCGAAGGAUCAACAGAUAUUCUUCGAUGCCUUUGCCGCAUCCAUGGUCAAGUUGGGGAGCAUUGGGGUGAAUUCAGGUAAAGAUGGUGAGGUCCGACUUGACUGCAGUGCAUUGCAUGUUAGAAAGAUCACUGCCAAUGGUUGGUGGACUGUCUAUCAAUGCAUGGUGUGCCAUAUUACACUUGGACCAGAUGCAAGUGAUGACAAGCACCUUAUCUGA